AUGAUCGUGCCAACUCGCUUUGGACUUAAGUAUGCGCCAAUCCCGACACUAGCGCUCGAGUACGAAGAUGAUUUGCAAGAUGUCGUGGAUGCGACGGGAACAAAUGAUACUUCUUUGUAUGUCUAUCGAGAGAACGACAAAGCAUCAAGUUCGGGGCCAUCCAGAAAACUCCAUGUUGUCGAACUGCCAACGCUCACACGAACAUCAGAGACCCAACACAUUGCACGCCAAUUACAGCACGAUAAUGGUCGUUUCUUAGCUCCAGAUGUCGUGAGUGGGGACCAAUUGAAGCGACUACUGGAUCGAUUAGUUCAGAAUCUGCCCGAUUUGCCACUUGAAGGUAACGCGAACAAAGAGCGACAAGUUGAAAGAAAACUGAACGACGAAAAGAACGAUCUCGACAAGGAGAUUAAACGGAUCGAAGAUGAACUAAAGGCGAACGAAAUCGAGGCGCUGCCAGCUCGGGCGCCAGCGAUCGAUUCAAAACGAAUGGGGGAGGAUGACGGUGAUGAUAAAAGUAGAAAACCAGGUGAAUCGACGAUCUUCGAAGGGUCCAAAGACGAUGAGAGCCAUGAAAUCGCUGGUCAUACGAUCGCCAAGGAGAUGGACGAUGAAGCUGAAGAUGCAAAGACGACGAAAGUGUUGCGAAGCGAUCCGGACGAAAGUGAUGAGGAAAUUGAUUCGGAGGAUCUCGAAUACUUUUCCGAAGAUGGAAGUGACGAGGACUCGUUUUGA